UAGAUGGUUUCGAAUGUCGUCGAAUGUUCUGCCAUCGCUUCGCCUCCAUGAAUACAAAUAGCCUUUCGUUGAUCUUUGUACUUUGUGCGAUUGCUUUGCAUGGUCUUGUAGAGGCGAAAGAUUUUUAUUUCAAAUACUAUUCAUUUAGGAAGAAGCAAAAACACGCAAAAAUGUACAAAGGUAUUGAGCGCGAAUGUGAAACCAGAUCAUGUUUAGAUUUGAUAGGACUUGAGCAAAUCAAAUGCACAAGAAAAUGUGUAUCUGAAGCAUGUUAUAGUGAACUGUAUGCCUGGGAUGAGUUAGAAGAGGGCGAAAUAGAUGUAAGGUUUAAUUCAUUCAAAGGUUGUGUUGCAAAUGAACUUCAAAAUAAUGAAAUGAAUAGUAGGAAGUAUUAAUUUUAAUAAGUCAAAAACCAGCUAAUGUUUUCCCAUAAAUCAAUGAAUUUAUGAUCAUGAUAAGAAACUCAGGAGGGGAUGUAUGCUAGAACGCUCAAUUGAUGUACAAAUCCAAGAUUUUGAUGUCAACGAUGUACAGAAAGAACUGACGGCAACGUCUCUCUGCUUUAUACUUCACUAGGAAUCGUCCAGUUUUAGAAACUGGGCCAUUCCUAGUAAAGUUUAAAGCAGAAAAACCUUCAUCGUACAAAGUUGUUGUGAAUAUUGGAGAAAAAGAAGUUACUAGAAAAACUCACCACAGAACGUUUUAAUACAAUUGAUGCUAAAGCAGAAUUUAGACACUUGAGGAGAAUUGAUGUUAAAGAAAGGAUGCGCUAUUGCACUUGAUGUAAGUGACAGUGGCGAUAUUAUUGUGGUUAAUAAUGAUUUUAAAACUGGUUCCCGUGUUGUGUUGUUCAAUGCUGAUGGUGGGAGAGUAUUUGCGAGACGUUGAUGGUGCAGGAUCAAGAGGUGGUCAUCUGAUUGAUCCAUCUGGAGUAAUCUUCAAUGAGGACGAAGUGGCCAUCACCGAAAAUACAGAAAGUUGUGGCUGUAUCUAGGUAUUUGACAUCGAUGGUACCUGCAAAAGUACCUUAUAAAAUUAUAUUGAAAAGAAUGUGUGCAGUCAAUCAAACCAUCGCGUGUUUGUGUUACAAGAAGAAUACUAAGAGACAUCAUAACUGUGUUUAUCAAAGAACUUUAUAAAACUGGAUGUUCCUGAUGAUGGUCGUGGGAUGCCUUUCUCAUUAUGACAACAAUAAGUACUAACUAUAAGUUUCUUGGUGUGAACACUGUUUGUGUUUUUGACGAGAAUGGUAGUCUACUGUACGACGGUUUGGAAUGAAAGGCAACAGAGAAUGUCAUUUUAAGGGUGUACAUGGACUUGUUGUGUUUGGUAAAGAAAUGCUUCUUGUCUGUGAUCUAUAUAA